AUGCCGUAGAAAUAAACAACUAGCGAAAUAAAUACUCAUAGGUCAAAUAGAGGUAAGACAUCCUCUAGGCUUUCAAAUAAAUCUAACCCUUUAAUUUAAAACUCCAAAGCUAAAAAAUAACAAUCAAAUGAAGAUGCUCAGUAAUAGAUUGGUAUAUAAAUAAUUAAAGCCUUAUCUUAGUUGAUUAAGCAAUUGUCAGAGGAUGACAUUUUUUUACUAAGCCAAAGAUUGUAUAUGCAAUUUAUUAAGACUGAAAAGACAAAACGAGAAGCUAAGCUUAAAAAGGCUUUGAAAAUACAUGCUAAGUAUGUCAAUCAGCAGAUAAAAUUAGCCUUUAACAAAUGGCAUAUGCAGUAAAGCAAUUUAUCUAACAAAGUCAACAUUCAGAAUUCCUUUAGGUCAGUCUAAAGGAAAAAUGAAUAACAAACUUAACAGCAAUAAAUAAGAAUACCAAUUAUUGAUAUUAGUAAAUCCAAUUAAUCCAUCUCUAUUAAUCGUAACUCAGCUGAAAAAAGUGUAAGGAUUAAUCUAGGACCAGAAACUAGUUCACAGUAUGCUAGUGUAAUUAUUCAUGAGACUAACAGCAAAAUUCACUAAAAUAAAACUAUAGACUAUAAUAAAGAUUCCAUAAGCAUUUAAAAUCAGAGUAAAGCUAGGCCCUUUAUUAAUGAAACUUAUCUUGAACUAGAUGAUACUAAUAUUAUAUAAAAACUUAAUACUGAAAGAGUCUCUAAUCAAGGCCUUGAUAUUAGAAAAGAGUAUUAAAAAUAUAAUAAGGUACUGAGUCCAAGGAAGAAAUCUAGACAAACUUUAUUAGAAAAUUAGAAGAAAUUGAAUCAGGAUUACAAAACACAUUUGGAAGAAGUAAGGCACAAAAAGAGCAUACUUUCCGGAAAUUCGCUGGAAAGUCUUAGUGUUAACAUCAAUCAGGGUUCUACUCAUUCAUCCUACGACAAUGACAAUAACAUUAAUUAUGUGACAAAUUAAAAGCAAUAAUAGUCACAGUAAAAUCAUACUCAGCAUCAAUUCAUGACUCCCUAAAAUCAUUAAACAAUGCUAUCUCCAUAUUCCAAUAAUGCUAAUCAAAAUAUUAGAUUAAGUAGUCAGAGUCCUAUCAGAACUAAUUAAUCAGCUUAUGAAAAGUUUUUCUAGAAUGAAUAAUUACUAGAAAAGCAACGCUAAGAUCUACUAAAGAAUAUGAAUAUCAAAAUAAAUAGUAAAAUUUAAAGUGCUGUAUAGAAUAAUCGUAAUGGAAAUACUUAAUUCAUCCAAGACAAUCAAGAGAAUAUUGAUAGGAAUAUGAUUAGGGAAUGUACAUUCAAAGACUUAAAACAAGCCCACUAUAGCUCUGAAAGAAUUAGUUUAAAUUCUAAUAAUCCAUACGAAAGUAAUCCUAAUAGUAAUAGCAAUACUAUAAGAAUAGAAUCUCCCUCAUCUAGAUCAAGAGAUACAAAUUACAAAAAAUACGAUUUUUUACUUUUGACCUCCCCUUCCGAAAAAACUAACAGCUUAUAUAAUAGCAGCAUGAAUUCAUCACCACGGCUGAUUGAUACUUAAAGCUAAUUUAAAACUUUGAAUAAUAAUGUUAGGGUACGAGACCCUAAAUCAGCAAAUAGAAAUACCUUCUAGCACAAAGUUAAUAUUUUUGAAUAUGGAACUACUAGAAUUUGA